GAAGAGGCUGCCACAUUACGGUGAUACAGCGACUUUACGCGACUCGAGCUUCAACACCGUUGGAUUCCCGUAACAACAAUGCCUUCCUCCAGUGUGUUUGGAGAUCCCGGGAAGAUGAGGGAUUACCAUUACACCGGCCCGGCGGAGCACCGCUUCUCUCCUUACUCGUUCAACGGAGGAACCGUACUAGCCGUUGCUGGGGAAGACUUCGCCAUCGUCGCGUCAGACACCCGGCUGAGUGAAGGCUACUCCAUCCACAGCCGCGACUCUCCAAAAUGCUACAAGCUGACGGACACAACCGUCGUUGGCUGCAGCGGCUUCCACGGCGACUGCUUGACUCUGACUAAAAUCAUUGAUGCUAGACUAAAGAUGUACAAACACUCGAAUAAUAAGACGAUGACCAGCAGCGCCAUUGCAGCCAUGUUGUCUACCAUCCUGUACGGCAAGAGGUUUUUCCCCUACUACGUCUACAACAUCAUCGGAGGACUGGAUGAACACGGCAAGGGAGCGGUGUACAGCUUCGACCCAGUGGGCUCCUACCAGAGAGACACCUACAAAGCUGGAGGAUCAGCAAGUGCCAUGCUCCAGCCCCUACUGGACAACCAGAUUGGUUUCAAGAACAUGGAGGGUGUGCAGCACGUUCCUCUGACUCAGGAAAAAGCCGUUCAGCUGGUCAAAGAUGUCUUCAUCUCGGCCGCAGAGAGAGACGUCUACACCGGAGAUGCUCUUCGCCUCUGCGUCAUCACUAAGGAGGGCAUCCGUGAGGAAACUGUACCGCUGAGGAAGGACUGAGGAGGGAAAUGUUCUCAUGUCGCUGCUUUUCUCUUCAGUCUGUUCUUUCCACAUUCACCUCUGUUUGGUUGUUGCCCCUAAACAACAAGUUUCUUAAAAUAGGAGUGUUGAUCCUGAAUCUGCUUUUUAGUGGCCUUUUAAGUCAGGCUUUUCCCGGGAAGAGGAUUUUCCAUUUUUUUAAUAUACACUCACAAUUUGUAUACAUUUAAAUCUAUACCUUUCUCCAGCUUCCCAAGUCAUCCCCUUCAAUUUCUGCCGUUCCAUCCUUGUCUGUGGUCUAGAAACCUGAUUCUAGAGCAGCACUCCUGUUAAGAAGCAAAGGACGCUCUCUCAAUAUGCCUCGACUCUUCCUUAUUUGGAUUGUUCAUUAUGUUUUGGAAGGAUGCGUAUUCUGUUUUUACAUUCUUAAUAAAUGUAAAGAAUUGAAA